AUGAAUAUGUUGGAUGAUGAAGAUGACCAAAGCUUCCAGGCUACGCGUGACGGCUACUCCCAUUUGAGCGAUGUCGAAUGGGAUGCGGUUGAACGAAUGGGUUCAACCAUGGGCAUCUAUGCUGUUAGCGUCAUGCUAGAGGCUCUCAAUAGAGAUGCCCAACAUGCUACUAUCGUCAAGUUCAUUCAAAAUGAACUUGACACAGAACGCGAGAAAGUAGCCUUGCUUCACCAACAAGGUUCUCAACAAGCAGAGUUGUUGAGAGAACAGGGUGCUCAACAGUUUGAACUGUUGAGACAGCAGCAGGCUGCUGCUGGUGGGUCGAUGCACUCUCGUCGACCCGAAACCUUGAAGAUUGACAGCUCCAAGUAUAGGGGAGUCGAAGAGGACUCCCUCUUGAGAUGGUUCGUCGAAUUGGAUGACGCCAUAAGGGCGCGUAGAAUCGACGAUGGGGAUAUGCAAGUUGCAUUUGCCCAGUCAAAUCUCGCAGGACGUGCCAAGACUUGGGCACUGGGGCUCAAGUUGCACGACCCAUAUGCGUUUGGAUCUUCAAGUCGCGGCUCAGACAAACGUUUGAACCGCCUAGAGCUGAGUUCAGAGCUCAAACCGAACCCUUGA